AUGGCUGCUGUUCAAGCCGAAGAUGACUACAAUCUGCAGGAUGCAUGGGACAGAGUUUGCAUGACAUUUGCGCAAACAACGAAAGUCGAUCUCACUACAGCGCCAAAAUACUCCGUCGACGAAGUCCUGGAGCAAAUCCGGGCGAAACAAGAUGAAGAUGACGAAAAAAACAACAAGUACAAGACAGCGAAAGAUGUGAUUGGGAAGACCUUAAACUUUGUAAUGGUCUUGGGUGGGAUCGCCGCCCAGGGUGCGAGCAUGGCAAGCAUCCAUGUUUUUGCGCCUGCCGGGCUUUGUUUCAAUGCGAUUUCAUAUCUCAUUAGUACUGGUGCUAAAUACAAGCGUAUUUUCAGCAGCUUGACAGAGUUAUUCCGACGGGUGUCUGAUGUGCUAGAGCGCUGCAAAAUCUAUCUGCGUUUGCCUGCUAAUGCCAUCGACGUAUCUCUGCGCAGAAUUAUCAAUGAUGAACUUGUCUGUUUUGUUGACAUCUGUGCAUUGUCAAUCAAGGUGCUUAAAGGCCACAAGGUCUUUACCGCGCUCAAAGUCUUUGCGUUCGAUAGCGAUGAAGGCGUCAGUGGCCAAUUAGCCCGGCUGGCUGAGUUGGUGGAACGUGAGUCCCAAAUGCGAGCAACUCUCGGGUUUGAGUCACAAAAGACGACUGAAAAGGGCGUCAUCGAAAACAGGGAGGGUACCCGGAAGAUCAAUGCCACGGUGGAUAAACUGCUCAAUUUCGAAAAGAAGAAAGAUGCAGAUAAUGUUACAAAGAGGCUAUUGGACGGCAUUGAUUCAAACCUCGACACCGCUAGCGAGGUUUUCAAGACAGUGCAAACCAAUUACAGGCGUCUCUUGAAUGACCAAGUUCAGGGAAGCGGCAAAUGGCUCCGAAGUAACCCCAUGUUCACACAGUGGCUAUCCCCUGAACACUCUUCGUUGUCGGUCUUGGGAAUCUCCGGAGGUGAAGGGUAUGGAAAAUCGUUCCUUUUCGCGAGCAUGAUCCAACACUUGCAAGAGCGUCACUCUCAACCAGUAGAUGAUGACAUGACCUGCAUAUCUACUGCCUACUACAUCUUCGACCAAGAGAAGAAGAUGUCGUUGAUCCAAGCCUUGAAAGUUCUCGCGUGGCAGGUCGCCAACAAAGACAUCGUUUAUCGCAAGGACAUCAGCUCUGCUAAGACAGAAGGGAUCAACCAGGUCAGAAGUAUUUGGAAUAUUCUUUUUGCCAAGUCCUACAAAAGCGACUCUACCUUCUUUUUUCUAUUGGAUGGUGUUGACCAGGUAAACAAUAAUCAACUGAAAGAAUUUGUUCACCUCUUGGCAGAGCUGCAUGGUUCGUCUGUAUCCUGGCCUCGAUUCAAGCUCCGUAUUUUGCUGUCUGGUCGGGAUGAGACAAUUGCAAAAAUAAAAGGGCAUAUGGGUGAUGGGCUAUCGGUGAUAGAUGUGGCCUCUCAAAAUGGCGAGGACAUGCAAUCUUUUAUUAUCGAUCGAAUGAACAAAAUGGAAAUUAUGGGUGGUACUUCCGAUCAAGUGCUUUCCCUGCGCCGUGAGAUCUUGGAAAAUCUCACAACUCAGACUCACGGUGAUUUCGUCAAUGUCGGUCUCCUGUUGCAUGAGAUCAGCGGGAAGCAACGACCUGGCGAGAUCAGAGACAUUUUGACUCGCUCGGGUGGCAAAAGGUCCGACACCAUUGUGCGAAAGAUGGAACAGCUGAACGAGACGCUUAGCGAUGACGAUAUAUCUGACCUCAAUAUUCUGCUCACAUGGGUGGUGUUUGCCGCCCAAGAACUGUCACUAGAUGAGUUGGAAGCAGUUCUCUUCCUUAAGACUGGCGAAUCAUCUCUUCGACCUCUUGCAGAGAAGAUCACAGACCAAUAUUCCUCAAUUUUUAAGAUUAAGGGUGAACCACACCCCACAACGAAGAUUAUCCCGCCCAUCUCUCGGGUCACGCUGGUCUCCGACUCUAUAGAGCAGUUUUUGCGUACCAAGAGUGACUCUGAUGCCGCCGAAGACCCGCAAGAGCUAAACCUAACUGGCGACGUCAACGAAGUCGAGGUUAGAAUCGUCCGCCGAUUUUUGGAAUCGGUUUGUGACCCCAAAUUGUUCAACAAAUUUGGCUUCGAUGAAUUCUUCCAACGAAAGCUGAAAGGAAAGACCGCCCGGGUUGGGGUGGAUGUCGAAACUGCACAUCUCAGAAUUCUGACAACGUGUCUAGAAGUAGUUCGUUCACCGGACAGAAAAGAUUUUGCUGCCCUUAGCCGCUAUGCCUCCAUUUGUUUCCCGCUGCAUCUCAAUGAGACAGACCCUUCAUUGACACAGCCGCAACAUAAAACGGCACUUGGGCCACAGCUGGUCAGUCUGUUUACGGAUGAGAAAAUAAUGGAAGGAUGGUGGACAUCGAGCAAUCCUUGGCCACGGUUCGGUUGGAUAUACGAUGAUGAAUACGCUGAGGUUGCGUUGAAGUGGCUACAAGACUCCGCGGUAACCAAAAACCUCUCCGACGAGCAAAGUAAGUGGGUAAAGAGCUUAAGCUCCAAGUCCGAGCCCGAUGCAGAUAUCCUUGAGCAUAUCGCAAAAUAUAUAGCCCGUUGUUGGCUGCAAUUGGGUGCCUAUGAUAUUGCUGAAACAUUUGCUGCGGUCUAUGGAUAUAUCACUAAGAUCGAAAAUCGCAAAAACCCUGAGAUCAAAAGAUUCACAAAAGACCCUGAGCCCGAGGACAUUGACGCUUCCCAAAUCCUGGAUGCUGCAGAAUGGGCACGGAAGCAGCUUGGGCUAGAUAGCUUUGGUUAUGAGGAGAAUCGCAACUUGGCGCGGACACUGAGAGAGUAUGCCAAGCACCAGGAAGCCAUCGAACGUUUCAAACUCGCCUCUUCGCUUGAAAAAUACAACUGGUUCUCACAAUGGGGCCUUGCAACCUCUUAUGCCAACCAGAAAGAGUAUAGUCUCGCGAUUGAAACCUUGGAGGAUGCGAUCAAUACAGUCAGCAGCGGUGAUGUGACAGAUGAUAAGGAUACCCUACCAGAGAUGAGACGAGAUCUAGCCAAUUUUAAUCAGAAAGGUGGAAACAUCUCGCAAGCGUACGCAAUAUAUGAAAAGAUUCUGCACGAGAACCCCGACGACUACGAUACGGCUCUGGAUAUCAUGUUGAUGUUCCACGAAGACAAGAACUACAAGGGUCUUCUUGAAUUUUUGGACUCGCUUAAGAACUCCAUCGAUGAAAGUACAAAGCUCGACCGCCGCACCACGGCAUUCCAUGCGCACUACGCCAAUGACGAUUAUCAUAAGGCGAUGUUUGCGUUGGGUACUGACGGUAAAGUAUUUGAUAUUAUUCAAGAAAGCUACAAGUUGGCCAUUACGGCUGCCGAGGAGCGUCUUGCUGAGGGAAGGAAGCAGGGAAAUAUCGACGAGGAGCUCUUUGCCGGAGCUUGUCUGGCACUACUCAUGCACAAUCUCGCGCUUCUCUGUUACCAGGAAAGUGAUGACAACCCCGAGCGAAGGACAUCUGCGAUCGACCACUGGGUGCGCGUUUUAGAUAUCCAGGAAACAACCCAGGAAUCCUAUCUUGCAAUAAUGAAAGCACAUGUUCGCACGAAGCUAGCGAAUGUUUGUUUCAAGGAAGCACGCCGUGACGCGUCCACUUCAGCUUCUUACUUGGAGAAACUGGAAGAGUUGGCUGCAUUUAAUGACACUGAAGGCCACAGCGCAUGGCGAUCUGGCACUCACUCAAUGGAGCUUCUAGCAAGGUUCCACGCGCUGCAGGGGGACGAGACAAAGGCGAAAGAAGUUCUUCGCACCCAUGUCAAGCGCAGUAUCGAUAUCCUUUCAGAUGACGAUCCGCUCAAUGACUGGCAGGGAUAUCAAGGGUUGGCGAGAUUCUUCAUGUUUGCCGGACAGGAUGCCGAUUGUCUCGCCGCUUGGUCAUUGAUCGUUCCAUUUGCCGAUGCAGAGAAAAAAUCAGAUUCGUCACAACUCGGUGAAUCUCAACAGUUGAAAGGGCCCUUGUUCGAUAUAUGCGAUGGGGCCUGCGGUACUGAAUGGACAUAUGCGGAUGAUAUUUACGUCUGCAGAGAGUGCGACUAUGUGGAAUUUGACCUUGACUGUUUGAACAAGCUGCGAGAGGGAUCUCUUGAUAAUCAAGUCUGUGGCAAGGACCACCAGAUGCUCCAUGUCCCAGCUUAUGACUUGGCACGCCACCAGGAAAUCGGUGAGGGCAAUGUGCGGGUUGGAGAAGAAAUCAUUGCAGUUAUCGACUGGCUUCAGCGCAUUAAAGAACAAUGGGGGAUCGGAACAUGA